AUGUGGACGCUGCGUCUCCAGGUGGUUUUCAUCGCUGUGUUCCUGCAGGUGCCGGGUGGUUUUCCAUCUUGUCUAAUUGUGAGCUCUGUAGCCAACUGUGGGUCCCAGAACCUGGUCUGGGUCCCUCCUCUGCCCCCCCACAUCACCCACCUGUACCUGGAGUUGAACCGCAUCCGUGAGAUCAACUCCACGUCCCUGUCAGGCCUGGAGGAUCUGCAGGAGCUGGACCUCGGGGGGCAGCGUGUCCGUCUCGUAAUCAGGGACAACGCCUUCAGGGGACAAAGACGCCUGAGACGCCUCGUCCUCGGGUUCAACGUCGGCCUCCAACUGGACCCGCGGGCCUUUGUGGGACUCUCCGGUUUGCAGAGUCUCUACCUGGACUACUGUUCCCUUCAAGACUCCAUCCUGCAGGAUGACUAUCUGGAGCCCCUGUCCUCCUUGGAGACCCUGGACCUCUUUGGAAACCACAUCCGGAGACUCCGGCCCGCCAAGUUCUUCGCCAACAUGACGGAUUUGACAGUUUUGAAUCUGAAAUUGAACAAUAUUGAGCGAAUAUGUGAGUCUGAUCUGGUUGGUUUUCAUGGAAAGAACUUCAAGCUUCUGAACUUGGACUCUGUCCAUCUGCCCCUCAUGUCCGAGAGACACUUUGACUGGGAGACAUGUGGGAAUCCCUUUAGAGGAAUGUCCUUUCAGACCCUGGACCUGUCCAGCAUUGGGUUCAACGCGGGUCACUAUAAGCAGCUUUUCACAGCCAUUAGGGGGACGAAGAUCUCCCAGAUCAAGCUGUCAGGACACAUGGGGAAAGGGUUUUCAUUCAAUAAUGUCCCGGAUCCAGACCGGACCCUGUUUCAGGGCCUGAAUGACUCAUCAGUCCACACUCUGGACCUGUCUAAAAACCGGAUAUUUGCAUUGCAGCAGGGGUUUUUCAGUGCGUUGAAAGAAGUCGUGAUCAUCGAUGUUUCCCGGAACAACGUGAACCAGAUCCACAGAAACGCAUUUGCGGGUCUUCAGGGACACCUAGAAACCCUGAACCUGUCCCACAACCUGCUGGGGGAAAUCCACUCUUACACCUUUGCAUCUCUGACCAACCUGCGAGUGUUGGACUUGUCUUAUAAUCACAUCGGGGUUCUGGGUGUUGGGUCCUUUGGGGGACUUCCCCAAUUGAAAGCCUUGCACCUGACGGGGAACUCUCUGCGAAGCCUCGGUGUCCCCGCGUCCGUCCCCAGCCUAGACCGUCUCCUGUUGGACGACAACAAGCUCUCGUCCGUCAGCAGACUCACAACCUUCGCUCCUAACAUCACACAUCUGGACAUCCAGGGCAACAGACUCACAGUCCUGGGGGACGUGUUCCUGCUGGACCACCUCCAGCACCUGUCCCACGGAGGAAACCCCGUCAGGUGGUGCUCGCUCGGGGGACAAUUGCCCAAUGUCCAAAUCCUGGAUCUCCACAGCAGCUCCCUGCAGUCCAUGUGGUCCCGGGGGAGAUGCCUGGAUCUGUUUGAUGGUCUGGGACACGUGAAACGUCUCAACGUGAGCUCCAACGCGUUGACGUCCCUUCCUUUGGGGGUCUUCCGGGGUCUCACCUCCGUGGUGGACAUGGACCUGUCCUCCAACCAGCUGACGUACCUCCAGCCGGACGUUUUACCCAGAAGUCUUAAAGUCCUCAACCUGUCCAACAACUUCCUGGCGUCCCCCGACCCGCCCGUGUUUCGCCAUCUCAGCGCCCUGGACCUGAGGGGGAACCGGUUCCACUGCGGCUCGGACCUGCAGGUCUUCCUGACGUGGCUCACGGAGACCGACGUGGUCCUCCUGAGUCCGGCUGACGAGCUCACGUGUGACUUUCCCUCGGACUUCUACAACGUUCCUCUCGUUAGAUUCGCAGAGACAUCACGAGGACUUAAAGACAACGGACGUCUCUCAGGGGGACACCUGGAAACCACCAGGAACUAA